AUGGAACGAUCGAAGCCUCAGGCCUUUUUGUCCAGCUAUGCGCCGCGAUUGCGUGGCUACAACAACUCCCUCCUCACCCCCGUCCUCCCCAGCAGCGCGCCUGCGGGCCCCAUAUCGCGGACCACGAAGCGAGGAACGACCAUCAUCAACUAUGCCGAGGACGGAUACGACGACCUCGAUGACGAUAGCGACGAUCCUCGUCGUCGGCCGACCGGCCUACGAAGCCUGCGCAAGGAGGAUUCCGUCAGCAGGCAGGAGCUGGCAGACAAGGCUGGCAAGGACACCAAGGACCCUGUUGACGUCCAGGGCAUCUGGCGCGACUGGAUGGGCAAGAUGCGCCCGGUGAGAACUGACCAGCAGAAUUCUGCUCAGGCAAACCUGCCGCUCACCCUGAUCCCGAUUCGAAUCGACCUGGACAUCCCUGCCUUCAUUCCCCAGGCCCCAUUCCCGGCGCCAAACCCGGCCUCCGUCGACAUCUCGUUACCACAGUACCGGUCACAGGAGAUGACGGUGCCAUACAAACUGCGAGACAUCUUUUGCUGGAAUCUCCACGAAACCCUCAUCACAACAGACCAGUUCGCACAGACCUUGGUCCAGGACCUUGAUCUCCCCAACCGACCAAUUGUCAUCGCCGAGAUCAGCAAGCAGAUUCGGACGCAACUGGAGGAAUACGCGGGUGUCGCUCUGCACCCACUGUUCCACACUGAGCAGCCAGUCCCACCUACUCAACAAGUAGCUACUGCUGGAGCAGGCGGAACAGUCAACGGGACUCCUAGACCAAGCUUGGUUGUCAAGUCUCGCGAUGAUUCUCCCGCCUCCGCUGUGAGGGGUCCUUCAAGGCCCGAUACUCCAGCCCAGACUGGAGGUGCGGCUACCCCAACCCAAACCCAGGCCCCGGAUGUCACUGCUGAGGCCACGCCCAUCCUCCCCGACUCCGACGACUAUAACCCCGAUGACACAUACCGGUGCAUUGUUAACCUGAGUCUCAACCUGGCCUCGAUGCUCUACACUGACAAGUUUGAAUGGUCUUUAUUGCAUCCCCCGGGCACGGCAGAGGCAUUUGCGAAGAUGACCUGUGCAGACCUCGGGUUGACUGGAGAAUGGGUACCCGCGAUGACUCACGCCAUUUACGAAGCUGUUUUGCGUCUCAAGAAGGAAGCAUGUGAAGCAGGUGGUCUCGUCUCCGGAUGGGGUGGCCUACAACAAGAGCUACCAAACGAUGCCGCGCAUGGAGCAGAUGCGGGAUGGAGAUAUGACCCCGAACAACUUGCGGAUGAGUGGGAGCCCAAGGUCGAGAUUCUGAGCAAGGAGGAGAUUGAGAAACGUGAGGGCGACCGUGAACGACAAGUCCGCCGACUACGCCGUGAGACGGCACGAUUUAGCUCCACAACUGGCAUGCUUGGGGGCGCACCGUUCGGUGGCCCUGUUGAGGUGGAAGAGGAGAGGAUGGGAAGAGGAGAGCGCUCCAAGAAGAAGCGUCGAUUCCGAAGUCUAAGCCCCCUCGGCCGGGGCGGGACGCCGGGAGGGCGCGGAACUCCCGAUGUUGGCGGAUAUGGAGGAGGUGGUGCCCUGACCGACCAGGAGAGACUCCAGUGGAGAUGCUGGCACUGUCGAAUCUGGGGAACAAGUGUUUGGGCUGUGCGAGACGGCCCGGCCGGUCCAAGGACUCUGUGCGCCAAUUGUGGCUACCUUUACGAGCGCGACCAACGGCUUCCUCGCCAGACCAAGAAUCUACACCUGCUCGACCUUCGCGCGGCCUAG